AUGAAUGAUUUAUUUAUUGAAAAUAAAUCUGAUAAUGAAAUUAUUGUAAAAAAUGCACAAAAUAAUCCUAAAUGUGUUAAAAAUAAUCCAAAUCAUAUUUAUACUUUAUAUUUUAAUAGCUCAUAUGAAGAAGUUUUGAUUAAUAAAUUCAAAGGCCAAAUCAAAUAUUUAGAACUUUUAAAUUUUCUUGAUCUAAAAGAUUAUAGUAUUCAAAUAAAAGGUUGUGGAAAUGAAAAUUUUUGCUUAAAAGUAAUUGGAUUUUCAGCAAAUACAAAAGUUAGAUUUAUUUACGAUUUUUGUGAAGAUAAAGAAUUAAAACCUAUACCAGAACAGAAAUUUAAUAAUACAAAAUUAUUUAGUUUAUUUGUAAAUCGAUUAGAUUAUAUUGUAGAAUUUAAAAAAUUCAGAGACGAUAAUGAAAAACCAUAUCGAAAAUCCAGCAUAUUGACAGAAUCAUUAGACCCCCAAGAAGAAUCAAGUAAAAGAAAACUAUCAAUUAAUGAAUUAAAUUAUGAUUCUGAUUUAUAUUCAGAUGAUUCAGAUUAUACUC